CCAUCAUCCGCCACCUCCGCCCAUUUAUGCACUGAGAUGUCCGCCAACGGCCAACCCAAAUCCCCCACCUCUCCCCCAUCGUCUGCGGUGGCUUCUAGACUGUCACUAGACAGUGACCGGAGCUCUGCACCAUCCCCGCUGAAUGGCGUCAACGGAACUCAUGUCAAUGGCGAUGAUGAACCUACGGACCCCAUUGAAAAGCUUCAACGCGAGCUGGAGCGGACAAGAGAGGAGAAAGAGACCCUUGCUACGCAAUACCGCAACUUGUUGGCCAAGCUAACUACGAUGCGAACGUCUCUGGGGAACAAGCUUAAGCAAGAUGCGGAAGAGCUGGAUAGACGAGAAGCGCUUGUUCAGCAACUGCAGCAGCAAAACGAUGAGCUUACUUCGACCGUAGAAGUCCUCAAGGAGGAACUCAUUUCCGCAUCUUCGGAGGCAGAGCGGGCGACCUCCGAACUCUCGAAAUUGCGCAGUCGAGCAUUUGAGGAGAAUUCUCAAGAGACGAUGCUCAGAGAACGGGAGCUACGAGAAACUCAAACGGAGCUGGAGCGGUGUCGAAUGGAAAAGGAGGAGUGGGAAAGGGCAGCCGCGCAAGACAAGGUGAUGGCGGAUGAGGCAAGGAGCACUGCGGACAUGUAUAGGCGUGACCUGGAACUGGAAAGGGAGGCAAGAGAGAGGGAGGCGGCUGAAUUGGAGGCUGAGCGAGAGAGAUGCAAUAAUCUCCAAUCCGUGUUACAAGACUUCCAAGCCGCAAAGGACCAUGAACUCCGGCAGGCAGUCAAGGACUAUAAUUCACAAUUAAUGCAAGCAACACAAUCACUGGCUGAAUUCAAACACCGAGCAUUAACCGCUGAGCUCGAACUCGAGGAAACGAAAACAAAUACCUCUCGGACACAAGAGCUAGAAAGAGAAGUAAAGGAGAAGACCGUGAUCGUCGAAAAGCUGCGGCAUGAAGCCAUAAUACUCAAUGAACAUCUUAUGGAGGCUCUACGCCGGCUACGGCGGAACACGACCGAUACCAAUGUCGAUAGGCGCCUCGUCACAAACGUGCUUCUAUCUUUCCUUACAACACCCCGCGCCGACCCCAAGCGUUUUGAAAUGCUCACACUUCUUGCGUCCAUCCUUUCUUGGUCAGACAUUGAACGCGAAAAAGCUGGCCUUCAACGCGCAACCUCGCUUGCACCUCCCUCUUCAUCAUUUUGGGGUCGAAGCUCAACUUCUUCUGCACCCAAGAGCACCGAACUAGAGAAAACGGAUGAAACAGAGUCUUUCUCGCGACUCUGGGUCGAGUUUCUUCUUACAGAGGCCUCCGCUGGCCAGAGCGACCCACCAACGCAGUCUCAGUCUAAUCCCGGAACGCCUGUCCGGGCAAACAACUCGCUUCCCAACUCUCCGACGAGUCCCAACAUGAAAGGCCAAGGCACACGACGGUUGGCGUCAUUUGGCCAGCAAGCGGCACUGAACAACAUGUCUUCACCGACGCUACUUUCACCACCGCUUCCACGGAAAGGAAAAGAGAAGGAGGUUGAUGGAUCGGCCUCAUAG